AUGAGUGGAGUCGGUGCGGUCCCCGCUUCGCGCUUCACUCGACCAUUACCGCACACGCAGCUCAACCAUUUCCUGCGCACCACCAAAUCGCUCCUCGCCUCGGGUGGUCUCGAUAACGAGGACAUCGUAUAUGUUGUCACGCCUCAUUCUCCGACACUCGAUCAGGCAGUGGCAGCGAUCAGCUUUGCGUACCUUCAACAGCAACUCGAUUCUAGCGCACAUACACAGCGUCGAUACGUACCCGUCCUCUCGGCUCCCCGUCAAGCCACCCUUACUGAUACCGUGCCGGAGCUCGCAUUGGCGUUGCAGGCGGCCUUGAUAGCGCAGGAGAGCCUGAUCUUCGAGAAUGAUGAAGUGUACAAGACGGUCAACGCGUAUACGUCCAAGAAGAAGGUGGUGCUCGUAGGCGGUACGACCGAGCAGAAGGGAACGGAGGCAUGGAAGCAGUGGCUGGAUUUGCAUGGCGCCGACUUGUUCGGCGUAAUCGACACGGAGAACACCCUGCCAAAGGAGAUGCACGACGAGCAAGGAGAUGUCAACGAGCGACUCAAUGUCGCGCUCUUCCCACCUCAAGCUAUGAGGGGCAGCGGCGAGGCAGAGCCGGCUCUGUCAUCCUUGGUUGCUCUGUGGGCAAAAACACAGCUCGCAGAAGAUACCUCGAGUGGCGCAUCGACUUCGGCAAUCCCUCUAACAAGGGAGCCAGCAGACUUCUUGCUCGCUGCGAUCUUGCUUGAAAGUGACAACCUAUCCGAAUCCAAGACCAACUCGGCAGACCUCGGCGCUGUGGGCUGGCUCAGCCCCCGUUCAUCCUUCCAACUUCAGGACCAAGAUCAUGCGACCUCUGUUGAAGGAGAACAAGAGGACGAGCUGAAUGACGACGAAGCAAACGCACCCAACUUUGACGCCUUUGUGCCCACCUUCCCGGACCUGGAUGCCAUGUACCGGGCGUUGCGGGUCGCAUCUGGUCGGUCGGCGGCAAAGGACGCAGCGGCUUCGUCCGAUAGUACUGUCGCACUCGGGACUGCCGCCGCCGACAUUGGAAACGCGUCGCCCGACCAUUUCCAAUGGAACCUCAUCACCAACACGCUUGCCAACUUGGAGGAAGAGAAGAGGGCUGUCGUGCCUGAUCACGUCCGCAAGACCAUUGUGGGCGACUUCGCCGCCGUCCUCACGUCCAGCACUGCUACGACGCUGCUCAAACCCAUCGGCACACACCUUGGAAAGGCACUCAGCGGCAACAGCAUGCUCGAUCUCGUUUCCGUCCAAAAGGAAGUCAACGGCGUCGUCUCGACACAAAUUACAACCGAGGCUCAAACUUUUGAAGCGCUGUCGGUCGCCGUCAGCGCUAUGCAUGCAUUCGUUCAGAUCAACUGGACUGGACCGGAGCUGCCAGACGUAUUGGAGCCACUUUCAAUGUUGCGAGCGUCGUCGCCAGAGGCGUACCCGCCUCGGCCGAUAGAUACGGACGCCGAGGACAAGGCAAACAGCGAGGCCAAGCGUCUCAUCCACGGUGCCUCGCUCGAAGCACUUGCGUUCAAAGGCGAGCCGGCGUACCAUCUCUGUCAGGUGCCAUUCUUCCUUGUCUUCUCCAAGCUCGUCAUUGAGGCGCUUUGGACCGCUCAAUCUCAGCAAACACCAGAAGCUGCCUCGGGCCGUGUCAACAUCGAGACGCUCCCUUGGUGGAGGCUGCGCGCUUACACCGUGCACAGUCAUGUACUCGACGAGCCUGUCGCAUUCGGCAAACGCGUGUUCGACCCAGUCAACAAGCUGCGCGAUGUGUUGGUCGCUCGAGCUUCCGCGCCCUCACACAACGACAAGAGUGACUGGGCCUCGCUCGCGUCACGUCUCAUCCUGGAACGAGGCGUCGCACUGCAGAGGCUGGGAAGCGAUCGCGAGGCAUCCGAGACGUUUGUCGAUGCGGCCAAGGAGAAUAGCCUGCGGUAUCGCAUGUCGGGUGCGCUCGGCAAGAGGACCAAGUUCCAGAAGGAAGACAAGACGCAGCUGGUGUUGUUGGCCAAGAGUGUGGUUGUGGAUGGUGGAAAGGAGGAUGAAGAGGCUGAAUCGAAGACGGAGGAGAAUCCGUCUUUGCCAGAAUCCGAGGGCGAGAUCGAGGAACCACUCGAGACAGGAUUCGCAUCGAAAGCAAACCCAGAAGAUCAAGUUGCCGGCAUGCCGUCCACAUUCGCCCUCAACGACGAUACCCUGCUCGAGCAGACCAAGUUCACCUCGACAACCGCAACUGCCUCAUCAAUUGGCGACAAUGCCGACGUCAACGCUGACCUGCUCCAAUUGGACCCGAACGCGCAGCCUCCUCUCGCGGUCCUUGAUCAGUGCAUCCUGCUCGCUCUCUGCCUCAACAUCCGCAACACGCAAGCCGCGCACGGCCUCACAGCCAAUCAGAUGCAGAUCUUCAUCUCGCGCGUCAUCGCCCAUCCGCGCAAUUGGAUGGUGCACACCAUGUCGCUCCUCCUGCGCGCUCGUCUCGAGUCCACACGCACACGCACCGUUGAGCGCUCCGUCCUUCAGCUUCAAGCGCUGAUCGACCAGAUGCCGACCAAUGACUCGUCCAUCCAAGAGCGUCUCAAGUUCUUCCACGCGCUCGACCUGCCGCCCAAGUGGGAGAUGCAGGCGGAACUGGCGAGACGUUACGCCAGUAUUGGAGUCACUCGGUCGGCGAUGGAGAUCUUCGAGCGGGUGGAGAUGUGGGAGGAGGUAGUGACGUGUCUUGGCAUGCUGGGCAGGCAGGAGGAGGGUGUCGAGGUGGUGCGCGAGCUGCUCGAAGGGAAGAAGGUCGAAGCGGAUGUGGAUGUCUCGGUUCGACGACGCAACGCCGAUACUCAGAACGUCAGCGAGGCGCAGAGGGUCAUGUACACGCGCAUGGACCGCGCUAGGGAGGCCAAGCUGUGGUGUCUUCUGGGCGACCUAGAGCCAACCUUGGCGCUGAAGCACUACGGGAAGGCGUGGCAGGUGAGCGCGAGCUCGUCCGCCCGCGCAGCCCGCAGUCUGGGUGGAGUGUACUUCACCAAGCAGGACUUUGCCCAGGCGGCUCAAUGGCUGAAGAGGGCGCUCAAGAUCAACCCGCUCUUUACGAGGUCUUGGUUCAUUCUUGGAUGUUGCUACAUGCGGCUAGAGAAGUGGAAGGAGGCAGCACAGUGUUUCCGCCGUUGCACGGCGCUGGACGACGAGGACAUGGAGAGCUGGAACAACCUCGCGAGCUGUUAUCUGCGCAUGGUGGACGCUUCCUCGACCGCAGACGCGGUGGGAGUGGAGAGGAUGGGCGCGCAAGGAGGGCUGCCAGACAUUCUCGAGGCGGAGGAAGAAGCGGACCGCGUGUGGGACGACACCGCUGCCUCGGACGACGAUGAAGGGCUCAGCGAGUGGAGCGGCAGUUCUCGUUCCGAUUCCGGCGUCGAAGUCUCCUCCAGCGAAAGUUCCGUCGCGGAUAGCGAUGCGGGCACAGAAACCGGUCUGCCCAAUCCAGGCGAGGUUGGCAGCGCCCCUCACCGACGAGGCAACGCGACGACAGCCUACUCGCUCAAACUUCUCGCCCACCGCUCGCUGCAGCAGUCGCUGCGAUUCGCCCACGACAACUGGCGCGUGUGGUACAACUACAUGAUCGUCUGCAUCGACGUUGGGUACCUGCUCGAGGCCACGCGCGCCCUGGUGAGGGUAACGGAGAUCCAGACGCGCAACAAGAGCAACGACGCCGAGCGGGCGGCGACGGUAGAUCUGUCGGUGUUGGCACGGCUGCUGGACGCCGUGACACGGACGUCCAAAAGCGAACUGGAAGCUGCAACGCUGGCCUCCGUCGAGGCGUAUGAAGCGGCCAAAGCAGCGCACGACUCGACGGGUGGUGAAGGUGCAGCACCCAUCGCGCCCAAGGUGGAUCAGAACAGCGGUUUGGGCCUCUACCCCGCCCUACGUCGCCUGUUCGACGAAACCCUGCUCGCGCGCAUCUCAACUUCCGCGCCCAUCUGGAAGCUCUACGCCCGCCUUCUGCUGUGGAACGACGAAAAGCAAAAAGCCGUCCAGACUGCCCUGCUCAACGCGUACAAUGCAGCCCUAACUGAGGCGAUCAACAACGACACGCUCAACAGCGACAAAGCGGUCUUCGUCGGACUGCUGUACGAUCUUCGCAAUUUGGUGGAUGCCCUGCUGGAUCUAGCUGAUGAAGGAGGAAAGGGAGAUGCGCCAGAGCCGAGGUUCCAGGCAAGGAGCUUGGUCAGGAGUUUCCUGGCAAAGACAAAGAGCAGCUGGGAGGACGAGGUGGAGUAUGAGGAGGCCAAGGAGCUGUUGGAGUCGCUCAAGAGCUGA